UUUCCAUCCAGCACGAAAACAAGCACCGUGUGCCGCUUGCUUUUAACCUACAAUUUCAGAGAAUCGGGGGAUCACCGGCAUUUUUUAGAAUGUAGUGACGGUUUGUAUUCCUGCGACAUUUUCGAAGAGCACGCGAAGACGUAGAUACGUCAUUAUGCAAUUUCUUAGAUCAUCAAUAUAUCUUGCAAUAUUGCUAUGUAUAUUUUUUGUGAAUGUUUAUUGCGACGAAGAUGACACGUUCGAUGAUGCUACGCAGUCUACCGAUGAGCUUCAUAAAAUAAAUAAUUUCUUUUAUAAGUUAGGGGACAACUCAGAUAGCUUUGCGAUACAAGAAAAUACGAAUAAUCAGUAUCUCAAAGCAGUGCAGUCAUGCAAAUGUGAAGAACUAGAUGAACGUAAUACCCAGGAAGCAGUAUUUUACAAACGUAUGGUCGCUAUAUUACUGUCAAAUCUAGACAUGCAAAGAGUUGACGACAAAUUAAUAGGGACGCUCAGCAUGGAAGCAUCUUCUUCACAAUACGAGUACCUGCAAAAUUUCGUGGAGGGCCAGGGUUCUAUAAAGGAAGUAGACAAGAUACUCGUCAAUGUGAUAAAGCCACCUGAUUACACAGCGAGUCACGUUGUGACUGAAAUGUUUUUUUAUUUUAACGAACUGUUAGAGUUACUGAUCCAGUGCGCGUCCAUUAUGAAAGAACAUUGGAAUAUAACUAUAAUCUCGGCCAUACUUAUAUCUAGUUUCAUGGUACUGAGAAAGCAGCGAUGGUCCCGGGGCUUGGUGAUCUUUCUGCUGUUCGACGUUAUAUUCGUGACGAGUUUCUUCAUAACUUGGUGGCAGCUCAUACAGGAGGCAGAGAUUGAAUUAAUGGCUGCACAAACGCAAUUUGCCGAAAUGCCGAUCAGUUGUCAGCCGCACAAGAUGGGCACAUGGGACAAGAUAACGACGUGGUUUUCAAGUACGAAUGAGUGCGAGAAGUAUUACAAAGCACUCAUGACCAAUCCAAAGCUGCAAGUAACACCUGCAUUUGCGUUGACGCAUUUCCUUACUAAAACCAUCUUUCAUCCCUUGUCAUAUUUCGGCGUCGUUAUGUCUGAGUUUAUAAAUAACGUUACCAGCAAGAUGAACUUCAUGCAAUCAUUCUUUACCUCAAUCAUCAUUUGCGUGACUUUCUGCAUAUGUGUGAUAUUAUUGCCGUUAUUCUUGUUAGGCGGAUCCUUCAAUUUCGGCUUCGGACCAUUCUUCAGGUUUGGAAUAAAAGGCCAGGAAAGGUCAGCAAAACAAGAACGCAUUGAACGAAUUUACGAGAAUAAUACUUCGCCAAAGAAACAUUUGAAAGGUCCGGAAAAAAUGAAGCAGAUUACGUUGGAGCCAGAUCCCGCUGCUGGCGAUGCUGGUGUCAACACGCAUCAUUCAGAUGAAGAAUUAGAUGAAAAACAAGAAGAAGUUACUGAGGGUGAUAAAAAAAAAGAAGGGGUUGGUGACUGCUAACGAUUGCUUUUCUCAUAUUGUUACACUUACUAUAUUCUUCCUAUUUUUUUAUUUCCUUAAUACAUGUACAUUACUAAGUUAAUAAUUAUUUAUAUUACUUUUACUGUCUUGUUUCCAAGAUUGGCGAUAAUAAGUGUAUAUUGCUAUCGUGCUAACCGAGAUUAUAACAGUAUUACCCGAAUCAAUUUUAUUUGUAAUAUAAAAAGGACAUUAGUAUUCGCAUUGAAAUCGAUUAAGUGUUCGGUACGAAAUUUUCCAACUUUUUUCGAAAAAGUCUAAAAAAUUAUGCAUAUGAUUGUUACGAAUGUCGUUAUUAUGCAUCUCAUACCUUGGCAACGCUGUAAAUUAGUUCUAGGAAUCUCGCUGUUGCUCUGUAAGCCAUGAAUCUUAGAUCACGGAUCGCUAAUACCUUGAUGGUUCUAUUUUUAUACUAAUCAAUCUCGCCGAUCGUUACGGUAGGAAACAUUAGAUUUGAUUAGUGCGAUCGCGUAAGAUAAUAAUGCUCGCGCCGAAAUAGUGUUGUGUACGCGUGCGUGCAUUAUUUUACACAAUACGAUCCCGAAAGUACUUCAUUAAACACAGCAUUGACUAAUUA